GAGGAUUAUUUCCCUGAGGCGCAGAAUGUUAAAUGGGUGUCCAAUAACUUCAAGACUAUUCUAACAUGGGGCCCUGAACCUACCAACUACACAUACACCGUUGAAUUUUCUGAGUAAGUAGCCUACAUCAUGUCUCUGCAGUCUCAGUCUGCACUGCUCUGUUCUUCAUUACACCAUCGUUGAAAACAAAAGUCCUGUCCGCACAAGCACAAAUUGAACACUUUUAUUGAUGAAUACCUUCCUUCAUGUCAGCAGAAUUAACUUAAAACUGAGUGUACAAACCGUACCUAACACAUGACUACACACUACAACUUCACAUUCAUUUGCAGUGUAUGACAGGGCAAGCACAGUUCAAAGACUGUCUGAUGUGGGACUGCUUUGUUGUGUGUUCAGGGUCGGCAAGGACAGACAGAGGAACCCAUACUGCAUACGGAGCUCGGGGACAGAGUGUGACCUCACCAACGAGCUGCGGAACCUGGAGGAGACCUACUCUGCCGACGUCCUAUCAGAACCCCUGCCUGGCGUGAACUCUGACCUUGUAGAGUUCCCCUACACCCGGGCCGAGAGGUUCUGCCCCUACAAAGACAGUGAGUGUUAUUAGCUACAUUAUUAUUACAGUAGUAAAUAAAUUAUUAUUGUAUUUAUACUCACACAGUAACAACCUGGGUCAUUAAGCACCUUGUUAUUGCAUUGUAUAAUAAUACUGUUAUAGCAUUAAUUUGUAAUAUUAAAAAGGUUGAUUUCACUAUAAAUUCCCAAAAUAAAUUCUGUCUGUGGUGCCUAACUUGUCUCGUUCUACUUUUAGCGCAAAUAGGAGCACCCAGUUUCAACAUCAAGCAGAGUGAAGACAAGACCAAGAUGACACUACACAUCCAGGACCCUCUCACUCCCCUCUACAGGGAUGACCAGCUGUUGACUAUCAGAGACAUCUUUAAGAAUGAACUGAAGUACAGUGUCGUAUACAACAAAGCCGGGAGCACAGGAAAGGUGAGUUGAACAGUCAUAGUCAAUAGAUUGUAAAUGCAUUGCUUAUGAGACUCUACCUGUUGAUUCCCACUAAUGACACAACACAAACAGUGUGCGACUUGAGAUAAUACUGUAUCUAACUCUAAACCUCUGUCCACAGAAAGAGACAAUGUCAGACCUGAGAGAUGUAGAGCUGACCAACCUGGAUAAAGGAGAGAGCUACUGCUUCAUGGUGGCAGCCUAUAUCCCCUCUCGCUCUGUGGAGAAGAGACUGGGAGAUUGGAGCAAGCCACAGUGCUCACCCAGAGAGAGCAAGUCCAUCUUUGAGGGUAUGUGACCCCACAAUGCAAAGUACAUGGUGUGUUGGGGUUGAGAUGGGGUAGAAGGAAUUGAAGUAGGGGGAAAUUCAGUAUAUUCAGUUAAAUGUGUAGUGGAUGGAGUAACUACAACCAAUCUAUAAAGAUAAACUGUAAUUUGGGCAAUAGCCCUUUUUACUGUAGACUACAAUGUGUAGCAAUUUCAAGAACUUCAAUUAAAUUAUCAUCAAUUCAAUUAUGUAUUCGUUCUCUCUUCUCUCCUCUCAGAAUUCCACUUUGGUGUGAUCGCAGGUGCCAUCGGCAUCAUGCUGGCUAUGUUCAUCAUCCUCAUCACUCUAACCGUGGUGUGCUGCAAAUGCUGCUCCUGCAACAAAAACAAAAAAAACAGUGGACAAGGAGAACCUGCAGUU